UACAACGUCGGUGCUUGUAUAGUUCGUUAAUAUUUCGAACCAAAAAUGAAGUGUUUAUUAAUCUUUCUUAUUACUUUUGUGAUUGCUGUUAAUUCAGAUAUUAAUAAAAGUUUGUUUUUUCCACAAUUACCAGUUGGUCAAUACCGCUUAAAUUUUCUGGGAAUCAUGCGUUGUGCUUCUAUUCAUUCACAUGAAAAAAUUAAAUAUGAUUUGUACCUAAGCAAAAAGUCUGCUAACACCACAGAAAUCAAAGGAAACAUAACUCAUUUCGUUGAAUUUAAUGACUCUAUCGAUUUGGAAUUCAAUCURGCCAUAAAAGACUCUAUUGGUGGCUGGAAGGAUAAUGCUCAUGUAUACAAAUCACCCAGAGCUUGUUCGUCACUUAAAAUGUUCUUUGGAGAUUCAUGGACUCCAAUAAUGAGUGGUACUGGAAUUUCCAACACAACUUGUCCUAUCCCCGUGGGUUUUUAUAAAGGUACUGGCGUGGAUACUGAUCUUUUCCAUAAUACCAAUUUUCCCAAAACAUUUUUUUAUGGAACAUACAAAUUUCGUAUUUCUUWUACCAAGAACAAUGAAGUAUAUGGCUGUUUCAUUACAGUUUUGGAGAUAAAGCGGCCAUGGGAAACUAACAAUUAAUAAUUAAAUUACAAUAAAACAGUAACAAAUUUAUUUAAUUUUUA